AUGCUGGGAGCCGUCUGUCUCGUCGUGCUGCUGGGCUACGCCUACGGAUGCGGUCAGCCGGCCGUGCCACCACAGCUGAGCUCCCGCGUGGUGGGCGGUGAAGACGCUGUAGCCCACAGCUGGCCAUGGCAGAUCUCGCUGCAGUACAGCCGCUCUGGAUCCUGGAGCCACACUUGUGGUGGGACCCUCAUUGCCCCCCAGUGGGUGCUGACAGCUGCCCACUGCAUCAGCUCUUCAAAGACCUAUCGUGUGGUGCUGGGCAAGCAGGACCUGUCAGAGGAUGACGAGCCUGGUUCUGUGGCCGUGGCUGUGGAGAAGACAAUUGUCCACGAGAAAUGGAACUCUAUCCUUAUCAUCAACGACAUUGCCCUGGUCAAGCUGGCAGAGGAGGUGCAGGAGACUGACACCGUCCGUGCCGCCUGCCUGCCGGCUGCUGGCAAGAUCCUGUCCAAUGACUACCCCUGCUAUGUCACCGGCUGGGGACGCAUCAGGACCAACGGGCCCCUGGCUGAUGCCCUGCAGCAGGCUCUGCUGCCUGUGGUGGACUAUGAGACCUGCUCCAAGUGGGACUGGUGGGGCAGCCUUGUGCGCGACACCAUGGUGUGCGCCGGCGGCGACGGCAUCGUCUCUGGAUGCAACGGUGAUUCUGGGGGCCCCCUGAACUGCCAGCGUGACGAUGGGAUCUGGGAGGUCGAGGGCAUCGUCAGCUUCGGCUCUGGCCUGAAAUGCAACAUGAAAAACAAGCCAACAGUCUUCACCCGGGUGUCUGCCUACAUCGACUGGAUCAACGAGGUGGGUGCCCCUUCCUCCUGCCCUCUGCAGGUUGGCCACACUGCCCCUGCCCUGCCAGAGGUCUCACCAUGAGCCUCCUCGUGUCUUUCUUUGGCAGAAAAUGAGCGCGAACUGAGAACACAGCAUGGAGCACAAGUACUGACUGUGAUAAAAGCAAUACUGCUACGCUGGUCUUGUGUGGUUCUUUCAAGGGGAUGUGAUGGAGCAGAACCAGGGGGCUGCACCUUGUGGUCCUCGGCUUCUGCCUGUGUGCUGGGGAGAGCCCCCACGUUGUGCAGUGAGGCUGGGCAGGCUCCUGGGGAGCCUAAAGUGGGCAGAGAUCCCCCACAAGUUACUCCCAGCCAUGUAGAUCCAUGGCCAUCACCAAGCCAGAGGGUUCAAAGCUUGACUGGUGGUUUGAUGGGAGAGUGGCUGGAAGCUGGCCUGGUGG